AUGCAGCCACUUCCUCAACAAAGAGUUGCGCCUACACAAGUUGCUCAUGUUCCACCUGUACCCACACUAGCUCCUGUUGCACCUGCACCUUCUUCUACUUCAUUGGAGAAGUUGAGGAUUGAAGUUUCCACUACUCAGCUCACACCUGAAAAGGAAGACGACCCUGCCACACUUCAGAGAAAGCGUGAUGCUCAUGCAGCCAGUCCUUCCACAUCUAGUGUGACUCCUACGCCUUCCAUCUAUACUGCUGCACCUUCCAUCCCUCUUCCUUUCCCUUCAAGAGCCAUUCCAAGCAAAAAGAUGAAAGAGGUUGACAGGGAGAUCUUAAAAACAUUCAGGAAGAUGGAGGUGAACAUACCUCUGUUGGAUGCCAUUAAACAGAAUCCCAGAUAUACAAAGUUCUUGAAGGAGUUGUGUACGCACAAGAGGAGGCUGAAGGGCAAUGAGAGGAUCAUCAUGGGGAGAAACGGUGCUUCGAUUAAUGUCAUGCCUUUGUCUAUUUUCCAUUCUCUGUCUCAUGGACCAUUGCAACCGAUGGGUGUAGUCAUUCAAUUGGCAAAUAAAAGUGUUGCCCACCUUGCCGGUUUCAUUGAGGAUGUCUUGGUUCGGGUUGGUGAACUGAUUUUUCCUGUUGAUUUUAACAUUCUUGAUAUGGAAGAGAGAUUUUCCCGUGGUUCUGCCCCACUAAUUUUACGGAGACCAUUUCUAAAGAUAACUCGAACCAAGAUUGAUGUGCAUGCUGACAUUUUAUCAAUGGAGUUUGAUGACAUUGUGGUGCAUUUUAAUAUUAUGGAUUCCAUGAAACAUCCUUCUGAGGAUCACUCUGUCUUUCACGUUGAUAUCAUUGAUCAUGUUAUUGAUGAACAUAUUUAUGAUUUCCAACCUUUUCAUUGUGUCAGCACCCAAUUUCGUCUAAGCGAAUAA